AUGAGUGGCAAAGAGAACGGCGAGGCGUUGCCGCAGGAACACCGCCAUGGCUGGCUGAGCUUUAUCAAGUCAAUUGCGAGUUUCUCCGGCGAUCUAAGCAAGAUGACGGCCCCAUCGUUUAUCCUAUCGCCCGUCUCGCUGACCGAGUAUCCCUCCUACUGGGGCGAGCAUCCGGAUACGUUGAGGCCUAUCCAGGAGGCCGCAUCGCCCGAAGAGCGCAUGGUUGCUGUGGUGCGCUGGUUCAUUGCGACGCUCAAGGGCCAGUACACCGCGCGCAAUACAUCCAUGGGCUCUGAGAAGAAGCCGCUCAACCCCGUGCUGGGUGAGGUGUUCUAUGGCCACUGGCCCGACACGACCGGCGAUGGCGAGUUGCGCCUCACUUCGGAGCAGGUGUCGCACCACCCGCCGGUGACGGCUUACUACCUUGAGAAUGAAAAGCUGGGCGUCUCGAUCGAGGGCCACAGUGGUCAGAAGACAUCGUUCAACGGUCAUGCGAUUACUGUUGUGCAGGUCGGCCACGCUAUUCUGCGUGCCAAGCGCUCGGACGGUAGUGUCGAGACCUAUCUCAUCUCACUGCCGACCCUCUCGAUCGACGGCCUGUGGUAUGGUUCGCCGUACAUUGAGCUGACCGGCGACUCGUACAUCCACUCUUCCACAGGCAUGCUGGCCAAGAUUCACUACAGCGGCCGCGGCUACUUCACCGGCAAGGCGCACUCGUUCCAAACCUCAAUUUCGAAGUCGUCGGCGCCCUCGCAGCCCUUCUUCGAAGCCUCUGGUAUUUGGGCAGGAGAGAGCACUAUCACUAAGAGCACUCUCGAGGCCCCUGGCUCCGUAUUUUGGAAUGCGGAUGCGCAUCCCCGACAGGAAAUCACCGUCAAGCCGCUCGAAGAGAUGGGCGAGUACGAGAGCCGCCGCCUGUGGAAGACUGUCGCUGAUGGCAUCCGCUCGAGCAACUAUGACAUGGCAUCCAAGGACAAGUCGCGUAUCGAGAACGAACAGCGGGCGUUGCGCAAGCAACGCGAGGCCGAGGGCACGACGUAUCAGCUCAAGCACUUUGACCUGAUCGAGAGCGACCCUGACUAUGCUGCUCUAGUCGAGCCCGGUAAACACCAGCCAGCAACGCAGAAGGGCUACAAGUUCCGUCACACGCCAUAG